AUGCUGGACUGCAACAUAAUAACCAUUGAUCUAGAAGCGGAGUAUCAGUAUUCAGCACCGCAUCGUGGACCUUCCGUUAAAUCUAUUUCUGCGAAAAAACUGGACGAGCUUGCGAAACCACCGUCUAGUUCGGACUUCGAUUUCGGUAAUCUGCGCAUAAUUCAACAACUGGGAGAUGGCAAAGAUACGAAGGUUUAUUACCACAUGCAGCGCGAAAUCAGGAAUAAGGAGUGGAUUCCAAGUACACCUUAUUUUAUUCAGCAAUUGUGGUUUGAACACUACUGGAUCUCGCAGACAGGGCUGAUGGAAUCUUCCAUUGGACGCAAUCUCCUGAAAACCGAGGCCCCCAAAGGAGUUCGCGAGGCCUUGCCUGAGGAUCAUGCUUUCAACUAUUCCUGA